AUGCGUGAAGCGCAGUUGUUGGCUCGGGAACAACAUUUUCAUCUGCUUCAUCUAAUUCAUCCUGAGAUUGACUGUCAGUUUCCUGAUUCUCUGAGUAAUCUUUCGACUCUGAAGGAGCCGACAAGACAGCCAGUAGAUCAUCCUCAGACUGAAGGCACUCAAGUUGUGGGGUUUGUUUUUUCCGUCUUUGUUAGUUAUUCUGUCUAUUGCUCUCAUUCGCUAUGGUGUUACCAGUGUGUCAGUGUUAAGGAGGGGCAGGACUGUCAGAGCGACUAUAAGGGGAUGAACAAGUCCGCCCUGACCAUGGAGGGAAAGUACGCCAAGGAUUGUUCUAAACAGUUUGUUGGUCAAGACAACUCCAUUUCCUACAAGUGUGUGAUAGAGACUCACAUAAAGGAAGGAGGACAGUUGCUCAGUUUUCGCCGAGACUGCUCCGACGGUGUUCACUUCUCUUACAACAUCAAGACCAAUACUCCGAACAUCAGCUAUCUUCAAAAUCUUCUACCAAACAACCAAUCAGCAUGCGCGACUUAUGGCGGGAAUGCAAUUUGUCUCACGCUCUGCGAUGAAGACUUCUGCAACGGCCCGAUACCUAAUCAGACCUGGAAGGAUACCUGUGUACCGAAAUAUUAUUACAACGGAACGGAAAACGUAACGUGCGGUUCGAUUGGUCAUCUGUAUGCCCGAUACCCAACAGUGUUCGGGAUUGUCAUAGACGGAAUUGUGGGAAAUUUCUUAACGGCGCCAUUGCUCUUGUGUUUGUUGCUUGCGUUAGUUUUACACUGACAUUUAAAAGACACACGAUUGUCAAGACAAGAAAUAUUCUGACAGACAUAAUAUCUUAUUCUUACACUGUAGUUGAUGAUAAUAAUAAUAAUAAUGAUGGAAAGGAAAGAAAUGUUUUAUUUAACGAUUUUACGGUUAUAUGGCGUCAAACAUAUGGUUACGGACCACACAGAUAUUGAGAGAGGAA